AUCUGGGCAGGACAGCGGGUACCGAGUCAUCUGGCAGAACCAUGGGCACUGGGUCACCAAGCUAGACAGUGGGCACAGUCAUCUGGCAUGACAGCAAGACAGCGGGCACCGAGUCAUCUGGCUCGACAGCGGGUACUGGGUCAUCUGGUUCGACAGCGGGCACCGGGUCAUCUGGCGUCGUCAUCUGGCUCGACAGCGGGUACUGGGUCAUCUGGCUCAACAGCGGGCACUGAGUCAUCUAGCAUAAUAGGACCAUCAGGCUGGGUAGACACAUCAAGCUGGGUAGGGUACACUGGGUCAUCGGGCAUCAGGACAGCAGGCUAACCGAUUUGGAUACUGGCAGGA